AAGUGAAUACAUUAAAACCCGUGGAAGAUCGCGAAAAUGGUGAAAUAAGUGUGCAAAUAUCUCCUACUCUGUCUUCAGCUCGCGCGCGCGGUGUUUCGGGAUUCGUCCUUGAGUGUUCCUCGGUUUUUUUUUGGGUCCUGGAUACAAACGUUCCAUAACGCCAUAAAGUGAGGCUGUGUGCAUCGUUCGUCAUCGUCAUCAUUGAUACCGUCAUCGUUGUCGUGCGGGCUCCUCUGCGAGAAGGGUCGGCGAGAAAAUCCAAGAACAGGAGAUACGUUCUGACCGUGCUAGUGGGAGGACACGUUUUUCACGCUCUCUGCUGCGGAAAAGCAGAAAAGUUGCCACUUUGCAAAAGUGCUGUUCUAAAAGUGCUACUAGUGUGACAUGGUGUGUAUUCAGUAGAGGAAUCAGUGCUCUGCUGGAAUUUGAUAAAAUUCAAAGUGUAGAAGUGCUGCACUUGGUGGAAAAAUGAUGCUGAAGAAAAAUCUCCUCUGCUGGUUGCUCCUGUCAGCCAUAUUGGUUAAAACGGCCUACUGUGUCCCAACCUCGGCGGUUACCGAGGCGGAUGAUGACAACGACUCCGAAUGGGACGAAGAGGACGAGUCGUCCGAAGCGGACGACGACGGGCGGAUCUACAAGAAUCCACGGAAUUUGCCCUCGAGCGAGUGUCCGCGAGACGAGGAGCAAGCGACGCUGCUGGGACAAAAAUGUCUGCGAAAAUGUUCCUCGGACGAAGACUGCAAAAGCAAGAAGAAAAAAUGCCUCUGCGAUGGUGCCUGUGGAAUGUCGUGUAUCAAGCCGGACCGAGAGUGUCCCCCGGUGGACAAACCGCCGAUGGGCGUCGUCAAUGUGUCUGGAAAACAUUUCGGAUCACGUGCUGUGUACACAUGUCCCCAUGGUUACCACGUGGUUGGCUUACAAAGCCGUCUUUGUCAGGCCGAUGGAACGUGGGCCGGAAGCGAACCGAUUUGCAAACAGAACAUUUACUGUCUACAGCCUCCGGUAAUUGAACACGCACGGCAUUCGGCCCUUCCGGAACAGGCGACGUUUGAUUUGGACUCGACGGUUCAGUAUCACUGUCACACCGGAUAUGCAACGGCUGGUUUCCCCAGAGCGAAAUGCUUAGCAGUCGAUGGACAAGCCAGUUGGUACGGGCCGGACAUCUCCUGCGAACCUCGUUCCUGUGGACAGCCAUCCGAUCCGAACCACGGAUGGCAUUCCGGUGAGAGUUAUACCUUUGGAGGAAAAGUGACGUACCAUUGCGGAGAGGGAUACGAGUUGGUUGGAAAGGUCGAGCGGUACUGCCAGGCGGAUGGAUCAUGGAUCCCGAAGGAACUGCCUACCUGUGUUUUGGUCACUUCGGUUCAAUGUCCAUCGCCCGAGAAUCCGAAAAAUGGCAAAGCUAUCUACACCAGCACUUCAUACAAUUCAGUAGUAAGCUACGAGUGCCGCUAUGGUUAUACACUGGUUGGAGAAAGCUCUCGACGCUGCGGCGCGGACAAACGAUGGACCGGAACACUACCGGCUUGUAAAGAAAUCAACUGCGGUCAUCCGGGAACAUUGUACAAUGGUUGGCUGGAAAAUAUCGAAAGCGGAACCGGUCUUGGUGCCAGUAUCAUUUUUCGAUGCCAUCCGGAGAUGUUGCUGGUUGGAAACACCUCUUCAGUUUGCCAGAUAGACGGUAGAUGGCGGUAUCCGUUACCGCAGUGCUUAGCUCCCUGCGUGGUGCCAUCUAUAUCGCAAGGUCAAGUAAUACCAAUCGAGUUUGAAGUGGACGUCAACUUGACAACGAUUGUACCGACCAGCGGAAGCAGCUCCAAGGUGAAGCAUGGAACUGUAUUAGAAGUUAUUUGCGAUGAGCAUUAUGAAUUCCCAUUUUCGUCGCUAUCACCGCCAACCUGCAAUAACGGUACAUGGAGUGUCAUACCUCGUUGCGCUCCUGCUAGAUGCAAGACAAUGCCGAAACCUCCAAAGUUUGGAAUGGUAUUGGCUCCUAAAACCGAACAUGGUAUGCGGGCGAGGUUCAAAUGCAAAGACGGCUACACUCUGACUGCGCCUGGAGGGAAAGAACUAUUGAACCCCAAUGAUUAUGUAUUGGUUUGCUCUUUUGGAAACUGGACGGGAGAAACCCCACAGUGUCAGGAGGUAUAUUGCGCUUUCCCUGGAUAUAUUCCAAAUGGAAAAGUAUUGCUAGUGGGUAAUAUGGGCCUGUAUGACUACAGACCCUACGUGAGAAAGGUCAUUAACAACAAACAAAUCAUGUACGAGUGUGACAAAGGAUACGUAAUUGAAAUCGGUCCGCCAGGUGCCACCUGCAUCGGAGGAAAAUGGAGUCCCAAGGAACUUCCCACAUGUAUUCCUGGACAACAUCCAAGGCUACGGUGGAACAGACGCCGUCGAUCGAUCGAUCUUAAAUUAAGGUUCCACAGAUCAAAUCAUCUCAAACAACACUAUCGCUUCUUAAAGCGGAAACUCGAAGAACAUGACGAAUACAAUCGACAGUUCCCCAUGGAGCCUCACGAGCUAGCUAAGCGAAGCAUUUUGGCAUACAGAGGACAAUUGUCUCACAAGAGACAUUACAACUUUGAUGAUUUUCAGCGAUACAGAGCCAAGCGAAGCGUUGAAACCAAUCGCAAUGCGUUUCUGAGAAACGCUUUCCAGUCGGCUCUGGUUCGCGAGCGACGAGAACUUUCCGAUGUAGAGAAAGCCUACAACAAAUACUACGAGCGUAUAAAAGCCAAGUAUCGCAACUACGUGCAGAACUUGCUGGGAUACAACAAAUUGCGUCCCUUGCAGGAGAUUCACGUACAAGAUGGAAGAUGGCAAACAAAUGAUGCUGACUCAAUUUCCAGAAACAGAGUAGCUCCUAAGGCACGAACUGGAGUUAAUGACUUUGAAGAUGAAUUCACUACCAAGGCACCUCGGUCGGCCAAGGCCAAAAUCAACAAAUCACGAGUAAAACCUAAAAUGCAACCUCCAAUCGCGAUACCGGACAUCAAUGAAAAAUCGACAUAUAAAUACGAUUUCCAUGACAUUCCAGACGCAAACCUUUCCAAUCACGUAACAGCGAAUGACAUUUACACCAAUUACUUCCCUCCACCAUUGACCGGUAGAUCGCACACCAAUUGGCAAUUUGCAUCCGAGUUAACUCCGAAGGUUCAAGGACGCUCACACGAGCCACAAAGCUUGUACGCGACACUUUCACACAACUUCAGCUAUGCUGACCGAAAGCCGGUAUCUUCUGCAGUGCUGAUGCAACAACUGCACUCGCAAAUUAUACGCCGUAAGCGUGACACAAGAGAAAUAUCUGUAUCAUCUGUCGAAGAGACUCGAAGAGCCCAGAAGAAUAACCGUAAAAAUUCCGGAGCAGUUGUUAAUCAGACUGAUCCCACCGGGACGGAUGGAGAUCCAACUAAGAAGAACAAGUUUAAGGGGCCUUGUGAACCUUUGGUUAGUGAAUCGCAUGCUCAGCUGGAAAUUGUGAGACCCGGUAAGGACCCGAAUGAAGCCUUUGGUCCGGGAACGAUUAUUCGAAUGAUCUGCAGUAAGGGGUUCGUUUCCAACAUGGCGGGUCCGAAUGCGACGUCCAAGUGCGUAAGAGGUCGAUGGAAGCCGACCAGGCCAACCUGCAAUAUGAAACCUUGUUUCGUUCCAUCAACGGAGCAUGGAAAGUACUACUCUAGUCCAAUCGAUAUGGUUACCAUGGACGCUGCCAAUCCAUCGACUGCGGCAUCUCUUACUCCGAUGCAAACGAUAGAGAAUGGACAAAUGAUAACAUUCCAGUGUGAUCAUGGCUACAACACUCAAGGUCCAUCAGAUCUUCGCUGCUGGAAUGGUGAAUGGGCUGUGAGUUCCACUCCGGAGUGCCUUCCGGCGCCAUGCGUUCUUCCGCCAAUUAUGCACGCCAUGUACCAAGGUGGAUACCGUGCAGGGCUGACCAUAGCUCAUGGCAGUUCGGUGAUGAUACAGUGUGAGAGUGGCAUGGGAAACAUGGCAGCCGUACAGAUGGAUUGCGCUCUUGGUUCACUUACUCCGGAAACCAUAAACUGUGGCUACAUAGCUUCGCGAAAAUCCCGCGAUGAUGAUAGUAGUUCAAUCAUUGUACUGGAUGGGAGCAACGUUACCUCUUCAGAAGAUGAAAAUGAUGGCCGAGAUUGUGGUCCUCCUGGAAAGAUACACGGGUCCUUGGUGUACAAGAAUGGUGAACAGAUCGAUGACAGUGAGGAAGGGUUCCCAUCCGGAACGGAAAUUACAUUCGAUUGUAUAGUGAGCAUAACGGGAGAGCAAACCACCUGGAAGAUCAUCUGCGAGGAUGGACAAUGGAUAGGGCGAUCGAUGAAUUGUGAUGACGACGAUCCGCUAUAUCACCGGAUGCCUUCGGCCAAUGGGUCAUGUAUGUUCCGGAACAAUGAGCCACAUGUGGUGAGCUUCUACAAUGACCUCGAGAUAAGAGAAGACAUAGUUGAGUUCCCGCCGGCAACAACUAUCAUAUCCAGAUGUAUCGACAUUGGAAAAUAUGCUAUGAUUGGCACCAGCGUACGAACGUGUGUCCGAUCGGAAUGGACGGGUCAGAAACCGUCAUGCUUUGGACUGAAUCAGGAAAACGAUUAUGCAAUGGAGAAGCCUCCGACGAUUUUGAUCCGUCACCAAAAUGGACCAAUUGCGCAAAGUAACGAUGGAAAAUUGAUAGUCUACCCCGGCACGACGGUUCAUCUGGAGUGCCUAUGGAUGAGACGGUUUGGCAAUCCGAAAUGGAAUGUCAGUCAUGACUAUAGGAAAUAUCCCGAAGGUUGGAGCUCGGACGAGGGACGAGACCCGCAGCUAGAAUACCGAAUCAGUAUCAUGCAUGCGGUGAAGGAUGAUUCUGGAAUUUUCACAUGUGUAACCCCGGCCCGUCACACGCACGCCGUAGAAGUGAUUGUUAAGCCCGUUCAAUGCAACGAAAUUCAAGUCAGACGAGGACUAUCUGCCAGCAAUUUGGAGACGAUGAUGGGAAUCAGAGUGCUAUUUUCAUGUACCAACGGAAACGCACUGAUCGGUACACCGGAAAUUACUUGUCUGCCAAGUGGCAAUUGGAGUGCCCCACUUCCCGUGUGCGAAAGUGUUGAAUGUGGAGAAGUUCCAAUUCAGGCAAACAGUAACGGCUCUGCUCCUCGGGUUGCCAUACUAUCGCGCGAGGUUGGAGGACGAUCAGCGUUCUCCUGUCCACUCGGGUACGGUUUGCGGGGACCGAGUGAAGCCAUCUGUUUGCCAUCCGGUGAAUGGGGUGGCCCAUUCCCGACGUGCGUUGAGGUUCAGUGCUUCCAUCCGGGUGCACCGCAGAAUGGAUACGCUCAGGGAACGCCUCCCUAUAGGGCUGGUGAUGUCGUACAGUUCAACUGCAACCCGGAGUACAUGAUGCAAGGUCAGCCCAUCAUUGCCUGCCAGGAUAAUGGGCGAUGGUCAGGAGGACUGCCAAAGUGUGUCCAGGCAUGCUCCUACCCCGGGACGGCAAUCAGCGGUCGAAUGUCGUCGGUCAAGUUCUACUAUUCAAUCGGCGAAAGCAUCACAUUCACGUGCGAUAACGGACUGGAGCUGCGAGGGGCCAAGAUGCUCAAGUGUUUGAAAAAUGGCAAGUGGUCCAAUGCCAUUCCCACCUGUGUCAAUCCGGAUGCGGUGAACGUGCGUAGUGAUGCCAAAGGCAUCUUCAAACGGGAAAAUUAAACUGUCGUCGUUCCAACGACCAUGGAGUGGUUUCUAUUCCCCUGAAUGCUACCCUGGGGAAACAUACAUAUAUCAAUGAAAAACGUCUAUAUUUAGAAGAUAACCGUAGACGUUCCACGUAGGCUGGAUCAAUCAAGUUUUAAUGAAGACAUCAAAUAUACACGUUGACUGUUUUAAGUUUACUACAGAGGCACGGAGGAUAUUGUUUGAUUGCCACUCCCGUCUGUUUGUGUGACAAAACCAGAGGUAUAAAAUUUAAUUCGCUCCAAGCAUAUUAUAUCGUUCGUUUGCUUGUUGGCACUUUUUCUCUGUGAAAACAAUUAUGAAUGGGCGGAGAAAUCAAUUACUGCGAUGGUAAACCUACGAUAACGGCCGUCACAUUAAUGACAACAAACAAGGAUGAUAAAGACAAUGACAAUGUUGUAAAUGUAAAUUGGUUUUGUUUGUAGGCUAUAUAGAAAUAGGACGCACUUGGCUCUUGCUGUUGCCGUUUUUCCUCCCCAUGGAAAUCCCUGAAUAUCCCAUCCCACCCAACCUAGCCGGUAAGCCAGAUUAUUUAUCGUAGUACGAUGCAUAUCUUUAUAGUUAUAUUUUUCAUAAAUUACCAUGCAUAUAAAUUGGAUGGCUCUGCAAAUUUGAAUAUUAAUAUUAAUAGAAAGGGUGAAACGAAAAUCAAAAAAGGUGAGAAGAAGGGAGCUGCGUUUACGGACUCGUGUUUAUUUUGGUGCCAUUUUUCAACGUAGACUAAUUACAAUUUCACGCUGUUACUGUAAAUAGAGGAUUGAGUGUAAUUUAUUUAUUUAUAUACCAUUAAUCUACUAUCGCUGUCAGAACUGAGCCACAUCUGAAAUAAUAAAUCUCUGAUUAAAUGCUCACUGGAUAUCAGUUCGGUUCUCCGUUGCGAGCAUGAAUAUUGUGUAGCUGUUAUAUUGACAAAGUGCAUACAUCCACACUCACACACAACAAUAGAUGAUAUCUCUAAUAAAUCAGAAUUGAUUGAAAGAUAAAA